AUUUAGAAGGCAGGAGGUUGGGGGGGAAAGAGCGAAGCCGCGAUGGACGAGCAGCCGAGGCUGAUGCACUCUCACGCCGGGGUGGGCAUGGCAGGGCACCCCGGCCUGCCGCAGCACAUGCAGGAAGGCGGCGGGGCGACGGACGCCGACGGCAGGAAGCAGGACAUUGGAGACAUUUUACAGCAAAUCAUGACCAUCACGGAUCAGAGCCUGGAUGAAGCCCAAGCCAGGAAACACGCGCUGAACUGUCACAGAAUGAAGCCAGCUCUUUUCAAUGUCUUGUGCGAAAUCAAAGAGAAAACAGUGCUGAGCAUCCGCGGCGCCCAGGAGGAGGAGCCCCCGGACCCGCAGCUCAUGCGGCUAGACAACAUGCUGCUGGCGGAGGGCGUGUCCGGACCGGAGAAAGGCGGCGGGUCGGCCGCCGCCGCCGCAGCGGCCGCCGCCUCGGGAGGCGCAGGGGCGGACAACUCGGCCGAGCACUCCGACUACAGAGCCAAGCUGUCCCAGAUCAGACAGAUCUACCACACGGAGCUGGAGAAGUACGAACAGGCAUGCAACGAGUUCACCACCCAUGUGAUGAACCUGUUGCGAGAGCAGUCGCGCACGCGACCCAUUUCACCCAAAGAGAUCGAGCGCAUGGUGAGCAUCAUCCACCGCAAGUUCAGCUCCAUCCAGAUGCAGCUCAAGCAGAGCACCUGCGAGGCCGUCAUGAUCCUGCGCUCCCGCUUCCUUGAUGCCAGGCGGAAAAGACGAAACUUCAACAAGCAGGCAACAGAGAUCCUGAAUGAGUACUUCUACUCACACCUCAGUAAUCCCUACCCGAGUGAGGAGGCUAAAGAGGAGCUGGCAAAGAAGUGCGCCAUCACAGUGGCCCAGGUUUCCAACUGGUUUGGGAAUAAAAGAAUCAGAUACAAGAAAAACAUUGGUAAGUUCCAAGAAGAAGCCAACAUGUACGCUGCGAGAACUGCCGUCAAUGCGGCUAAUGCAUCCUCACAUGGAAGCCAAGCAAAUUCACCCUCAACUCCAAACUCUGCAGGUUCUGCUGGCUCUUUUAACAUGUCAAACUCCGGGGACUUGUUCAUGAGCGUGCAGUCUCUCAAUGGGGACUCGUACCAGGGGGCUCAGGUGGGAGCCAACGUGCAGUCGCAGGUGGAUACCCUUCGCCAUGUUAUCAGUCAGACAGGCGGAUACAGUGAAGGACUCACAGCCAACCAGAUGUACAGUCCGCAGGGCAUCAAUGCAAACGGCGGCUGGCAGGAUGCUCCCACCCCUUCGUCAGUGACUUCGCCCACAGAAGGACCCGGAAGCGUUCACUCCGACACCUCCAACUGAUUCCCACAGUCUCACUUCUCCCCCCGCCCCCCUUCCUGAACCGUCAGCCCACCCACCACUUCUCCUCCUCCCCCCGGGGUGGGGGGGGGCGACUGGACGAAACACACACACACACACACACACACACACACACACACACACACACACACACACACACACACACACACACACACACACGUGGGGGAGGGCGACGAAGUUGUUAACUGUUUACGGACUGACAAAAAAAAGAAAAGAAGAAGAAGAAGACGUUUUUGUUGUCUGGACCUUCAUCGCCGGCCGACUCGGACUCCCGUCUGCUCCUCAAACAUUUGUACAGUUUUCCGCUCGUCGUCCAUGUUUGCGUUUCUGUUUUUCCUUCUUCUUCUUUCUCAUUGUGUUCACAGUCAGCCUCUCACUCCCCCCACGGUGUAAAUUUAUAACUGCACUCAAACAACCUUCUGCUCAAAGUCAACAGCAGACUGAACAUUGAAGAAAAAAAAAAGCUCUUCUGUUUUUACACCUUUGUUUUGUAUUUUUGCUGCAGACUUCCUGCCGUCUCUUUGUCGUUUCUUUUCUGAUCUCGAGUGCCAAAGUUCAGCCCUGGGUCCUGUGAAGGUUUCUGUCUCUGGUCCGAACGCCGUUUCCCUGCUCCAGACCGGUUUCUUCACUGGUCUCACUCUCAUUCAGACAUUUAGGGUGUUUCUCUGUGGUUUUGUGUGAUGCUUCAUGUUGUAGAAGUGGAUGAACUGAAAAAGCAGGAGCUGCUGAAACAGCCAUCAUGUAACCAAGCACAACAUUUGAGAAAAUCAGAUGAUUAGUAAAGUGCUGUUCAGUCCACCGAUUGGAUACGACUAAACACACAAAUAUAUGCAAUUUAAUUUGUGUCAAAAUUAAAUAACGGAAACAGUGAACAAGAACUUCCUGUUUCUUCAUGAUCUGGACAAAAAUGUGUUUCGACGAGGGGGUUUUAAAUUAUUUUAAUUAAAUUAAACCACCAUUAUCUGUAUUGACUCAGAUUUUGCCAUCUGUGAAAUAGAAACAGGAAACAAAGACAGAAACGAUCGUCAGGUUUAUCUCCUCGUGUCGUCCUGAGCUCAUCUGAUCAGACUAAAGUCGUUCGAUUUCGGAGAGAAGACCUGAGAUUUUAAUCACAACUGAGCAUUUCAGUGCUUUUUUUUUUUCUUUUACACUUUCUCUAGAGACAUGUGGGAACAGUUUUCUCUUUUCAUAACUGAGUUUAAAAGUAUUUUCAGCCUGGAUCAGUUCUUCUGUUGCAUUUGGGUAAAUAGAGGUGAUUUUAGAGAACCGGAUUCAGUCUGAUUUACUGACAAGAUCCAAACAUAUUAGGGGUUAGAAUUCCAAACGUAUAAAUAUUAUAUCAGAAAUCUAUUUUUUUAAGCCCAGGUUUUCCACACAGAUCAGGCUGUAGUGAAGUCUGAUUUUAACAGAUCUCACGUCGUCUCUCUGAAUUCAAGCCGACUUUCAGUUGGAAAACAGAAUAAAUGGCUGGUUUGGAACUGUCCGAAGUCCAUUCAGUGACAAUUCUGUUUGGGCGGUUGUUUUGUUAUCACGUUUAGUCUGUGACGUGAUUCUGUUUGCGUCCGGCUGAAGUCAUGGUGUGAAACGGCGUUUUCUUUGUUCGGCGUCUCUUUUAAACCGACCUUCCCUCCGUCCGUCACUUCCAGAUGUGGAAUUAAACCUGAGCCGUCGGGCCGUGGCUCGGCGGCGGCGGCGGCUCCUGGGGGGAAUCCUCCUCUCAGUGGUACUGGUGGGUUUCCCAUGAUGCUCCAGUCCUCGUUGAUCAAUGCCAAAAAACUAGCAGCGGUCGUGUUAAUGUGGAUAGAAACAGAAACACCCUGACGGCACAGAAGUCCAGAUGAUGUUUGAAUAUAUUUUUAUGUCUGCAUUUUGUGAAUAGCUCAUGUUUCUUUGUUGGUUUAUUUGCUUUAGAGUUACUUUUCACGCUACAGUUGUAUGUGAAUUAGCCCGAGAACGCUCGCUCUAUAUACAGUAUGUAGAUAUGCACCUUUUACUCGUCUUUCUUUCCUUUUUAUUUCUUUGUUUUUAUUUUUGCAUCCUUGAAUUGAGGCUGUGACCGUUUUUAACGCAGCCCCUUCGAUUUUUGCGUGAAAUCCAGUUUUUGAUUUUUCACGCAGACCCCCGGAUGGCUUCACUCGACAGGGGUGAAAAAUUAUUGUCAACGUCGCCCCCUGGCUGGGAUUUCUAGAUUUACUAAGAAUAAAGAUGCGUUUUUUUAAAAACCGCGGCUUUCUUUUUUUUGUUGGUUUUUAAACAGGUAUUUGUAUUUAUUACACAUGUACAAAGUCGUGGAGAGUUACACCAAAUAAAAUUAAAAGAGAGAGAGAGAGAGAGAGAGAGAAAACCCAGAGAGAGGCCCGAACGACCCCCACCCACCUCCACCCGGCUCCCCGCUCGGCGCCGGAGCCGAGGGGCCGAGCGGCGCCGCAGUGAUGCACAGAUUCCGCCUCAGUCGUGUCUUCAGAAGUCAUUGGAGUGAACUGACAAGGAGCGGCCAUGCACGGCAAAGCACCAGGCUCGGGGUUUUUUUUUUGUUGUUUUGUUUUGUUUUUUCUAUUAUUUUUCCAGGGAGGAAG